UCAAAUGGAACAGUGACAAGUUUGUUCUCUGUUGACAAACAACGCGAUUUUAGGCAUCAGCUUGCGCUCUUGGUUAAAAGAAAAUCAAUUCUAUAUUGUUCUUUCUUCGGACCAUGGAAAUCGAUGAUCAGUUCGAUCAGUUGAAUGCCCUGCUGGAGCAAUUCGGAACGAAAGGUGUUCGCCAGAUUAGCCUAGAGUCGGAACGUAUUCCGGACAAUGUUUUCCUGCGCAUUUGCUCGUCUGGCAAAAAAAUUGGAUUGGAUCAGUUUACCGAUAUUCUGGAAGCGCUGCUAGAAAGGUUCUCCAGUUGCGGGGAAAAGCACGAGUUGGGGGAAAGGGCAUCUGUGGUCAGGGAGCUUCGAUUCCAGAUUAUAUCGGAAGUAUUGGCGAGGAUAGACAAUUUUAGCACUUUAGAACAAUAUAUAUGGCUGGUAAAAUUCUCCUGUGGAUUAUCGCUGCUGAAGGACUUACCACCGGACAUGACGUUUGAGAUCAAUAAAACAAUUCGCUCAGUAGCCAAUUUGGACACGGAGGAAUACGAGUUUGACGCUCUGAUGAUUCACACAAUAGCUAAAAGUCUCUUCGAAGACAUCCCGCUGGAGGGAAUGAAUUUGAUCCAUGUUAUAAAAAAGCUAGCCAUGCUGAACCAGAAACUUUUUUACUACGUUUCCAUCGCUCUGAUCUUCGCCGGGAUUCGACAUUACAUCGAACCCGAGAAAGUGGUUCAGGUGUAUCGGUUGUAUGACUUCCAGGAGGUUUUGUCUCUGUUGGACGGUUUCAAAGUUGAUAGCCUCCAGCAGAAGUUGGAUCUCAGAAGGAUGUUUCUUAUUCUCAAACUUCUCUCGUGCUACCAGAAUGCGGUAAUUCUGAGGCAUAGCUGCGAAACCCCGAAGGAUAUUGACGAGCAGCAUCAGUGCUUUGCGCAAUUCUUCCUUUUCUCGGUCGAGCAGAAGAAGUCGUAUUUACUUUGGCUCUGUAUGUCGCGAAAAAUUGUACAAAGUUUGAAUUCGAAGUUGGGUCUGCAAAAUAUAGCCGAGAAGGAGGAUUCCCUGUUGGUGAUUGAACUGAUAGACCUCGACAUGAUUGCAUUAAUGGAAGACGACAUCAGCGAAAACAAAUAGUCUGAUGGAGGUUUCGGAGUGCACCAGAUGCAGUGUUAGUGUGUUCUUUGUCGUUCUUUACUUUUAGGGUGCGUUCAGAAAGGAGACAGGAGACGAUUAAAAUUUUCUCCCAUUGGAAACGCACCUUAACACUAGCGUAUUUUGGCCAUUUCCACAAUUGUGAUAUGCAAUUAUAAGUUUUAGAUUUAUGCGAAACUAUUUCACGCUUCGAGAAUUUUCCGUAGAUACCAAUAAAUAUUUUUUUACAUUGAGACAAA